AUGCCCCUGGACACCAUAUAUCUAACCCGACAUGGCGUAGGCGAAUACAAGUCUCAAUUCCCAACCCCGACCGGCAACCCCGCAGACCCAACCCUAACUUCGCACGGUGUGCGCCAAUCGCUCGAGCUGGCAGAGCACCUCGUCAGCCCCGAGUUCUCGCCGAAACCCUUCCGGAUAUACUCGAGCCCGUUCUAUCGGUGUCUGCAGACGAUUCAACCAUCUGUCGAGGCCCUGAAAGAGAGAUAUAAUUCCGCCCCCUCUAGCGAAACAGGUAUAGACCGGAAUGCGGACCUGGAUGUGAGGAUCGAAAACGGAGUCGGAGAGUGGUUCGGUCCAACCUCUUUCUUUGAUCAUCCUUCCCCUGUAUCUCCUGCUACUCUCAAGACCCAUUUCCCAACACUCCUUGCCUCGGACCCUGAAGCCAACUAUAACCCACAUCUCUUGCCUUCUACCCGCGGCGAGACAAUUGCCCAGCUUCACGACAGGGUAGCUACAGCAUUGGCGGGGAUCAUUGCGGAUGUUGAUGCAGAAAUCAAUGCCUUGGAGGCAUCCCUGCCGCCGUCGGAACGCACCAGUAAGGCGAUACUGAUUUGUGCGCAUGCAGCUCCGUUGAUUGCUAUGGGGCGGGUUUUGACAGGAAACAUGCCGGAGGACGCUGAUGAAGAGGACUUUAAUGUGUUUACGGCGGGUCUAAGUACGUUUGUUCGGAGGGGGACGACGCCCGCUGGCGAUAGUAGCGCAGAGCAACGGGAGCUGGCGUCAGGAACGAGAGUUAUUCGACCUGGGACGGCUGUGCCCGUUUGGCAAGGUGGGAAGGGUGUCAGUGGGGGAUGGGACUGUGUUUUAAAUGGGGACUGUAGCUUUUUGAGCGGAGGCGCUGAGAGGGGGUGGCACUUCAACGGGGAAGAGUCAUUUGAUACCGGUCCUAUGGCCCCUUCUUCAGCUUUGCCUACGUCGAGUCAAGAUACGUCCACGGAGAGGCCAGGCACGAAACUGUGA